GCUCAAUCUUCGGUUGCUUAGUUUCUCUCUAUUCUUCCACACAAUUUCCUUCAAAAUCAUCAAUAGAUCCAUUUUACCAUUACAUUAUACACACAUCUUUUCAAAUCAUUUACUAAAAUUCACAUUACAAUUUUCGUGCACAGAGAGGAAGGGUGCAUCAUUGCAUGUGGUAUUGAAUGUUUCUGAAAUUCUAUCAAAAUCACUGCUGCAGCCAAUCUCAUUUAUGAGAGGAAAUUUCUGCCACAGAAUUUUAUUCUGGGCUAAAUGCGCAGUUGAUUUCAAGCUUCAUUUUGGAGGAAAAUUGCAGAGCUAAGAAAUUUCAUUUCAACAAUCAUAUUCUCAGCUGAUAAUUUGGGUAUGGCGGCUUAUGGUGCAGCGGUUUCUCUGAAGAAUACGAUUCAGCGUAUUCUACAAUCGUCUCGCAUUUCUCUCGUUUCACCCUCUCCACAAAUAGUACCCUCAGCUGAUUAUGGUGCAGCGACUUUUCUCAAGAAUACGAUUCAGUGUAUUCUACAGUUGUUUUGCAUUUUGCCCGCUCCCCCCUCUCCACAUAUCUUACAACCUGCCUACGACGAGAUGGAGCGCUUGCAGAAAGUUCUGCUCAAAUUGGACGAGACCAGCUGCAGCAAGAUCAGGACGAAGGUGAAUGCUGCGGAUGAACUUAUAAAAGAGGCAGUUUGGGAAUUUGAAGAUUUACUUGAAUCCCAUGUCUUACAUCAGAUUCUUCCACAACUCGAAAGCAGAUCGGGUGGUGAGAGAGACAAAUUAUCCUUCUCUGUAGAUCUGCAGAGUCUGCAACACCAUGUUGAUUGCUUUGUCGAGAUGGUGAAGAUGAUGGAGGAAGAGUACAUCAUUGAAAUGGAGAAUAUGCCUGAAGAAGAGGGCGAGCCUGUUUCCUCAAGAAUUGAUUCUGGUGGAAUGAUCAAGUCUAAGAUGGUUGGAUUAUCUGAUGAAUUUCAAAAGGCCAGAGAUUAUCUUCUUGAAGAAAAUAACAAUAACAACUAUUCAAUUAUUGGGAUGGCGGGUAUUGGAAAGACAACUCUUGCUAAGCAUAUUUUUGAAGAUCCAUCAAUUCGGAGCCAUUUUGAGUUUCGAGCAUGGGUCAGAGUGGGCAGAAAAUGCGAAUCCAAUGAACUAUUACGAUGCGUUCUAGCUCAAGUCGAUCCCAAAGCUUACGAAAUGCUUAUCCAAGGAGAUGAUGAUGAGGAGGAAUUAGUUGGGCGCUUGAAAGAAAAAUUGAAGGGUAAGAAAUGUCUGAUGGUGUUGGAUGAUGUUUGGGAGGUAGAAGCAAUAAAUCGCAUAGAAGAAUUGGUGGAAGAGAAUAUUGGUGGAAGGCUUCGAGUCUUACUUACAAGUAGAAGAAAAAUAGAAUCCAAUACGGAUGCAGGCCAAAAAGUACUGCGCUUGUUGAAUGCACAAGAAAGCAAGGACUUACUUGGUGAGAAAGUGUUUGGUGAAGAGGGUUUCCCUAUUCAACUUGAGGAACUAGGUGAGAUGAUUGCUUGGAAAUGUGAAGGUCUUCCUCUUAUGAUAGUCACGGUUGCAGAGCUCCUAUCAAAAGUCGACAAGACCCCAAAAUACUGGACUGAGAUACUCAUCAAACAACGUAGUCCAGUCUUUGUGGAUGCAUAUAAUCAAAUAUCAGAGGUACUUUUUCCAAGCUAUGACUAUUUACCCCAAUUUUUAAAAAUGAUUUCUCUAUGUGGGAGCUUUCCGUCCAUAUGAUGAUAUCAGUACAACCAUACUCACGACUCUGUGGAGUGUUGAGGGAUUUCUUGAACCAAUUGGAGGACAAAGUCUUGAAUAUCUUUCGAGUGCAUGCUUGGAAACUCUUACUUUUCGGCAUCAUCUUGUUAUGGACACAUCGAAAUCUUGGUUUUUUAAGGUUGAGUAUCGCGUGCAUUCUUGCUGGCAACAUGUGUGUAAGGUAGAAGCUAGUAGGAUCAAGUUUUUGCAUGUCUUACAAAGUUGUGAUGAUGUUAUAAAAGACCAACGCCGCUUGUGUGCCCAUUCAAACAGUUUAUUCUGCUUCAAACAAGUGUGUGAUUUGAUAGAAAGUGAUUGUGCAUCCACUGCCCGUUCUCUCCUUUGUCAUGGUCCUUUUCACCCAUAUCCUAUCCCAAUACAUGCCAUGGGUUUCAAGUUGCUCAAGGUACUAGAAACUGUUAAAGUCCGGUUUUACCAUAUUCCAACUGAAAUUUUGAAGCUACUUUAUCUGCGGUUGCUUGCCCUAAUUUGCAACGCGGACCUCCCUCCUUCCAUAUCCAACCUUUUUAACCUUCAAGUCUUGAUUAUCUAUCCAUAUAUGAAUAUUAAAAAGCGUGGAGUUCAGUCAUAUAUGCCCGUGCAAAUUUGGGACUUGGAAGAACUACAACAUAUUGAGAUAAUGGGAACUGACCUACCAACCCCUAAUACUUAUGAUGCUACCUUGAACAAACUCAUCACACUUCUUGGUGUGAGUGCAAACAGUUGUACAUGGGAAGUUCUCAAAAGAACUCCUAAUUUAAAGAGAUUAUCAAUUCAUGUGGAGUUGAAGCCUUAUGAUGAUGAUAGUGAUGAAACCAACCCGUUGAGUUGCUUGAGUUAUAUAUCACAACUCCAGAACUUGGUUAACCUUGAAUAUAGCAUCUGGAAUCCUGAGAUGAAGUAUGAGCUUCAUACUAUUCCUCUUUCAAUGUUUCCAUCACAUCUCAAUGAUUUACGUUUGAGGGGGUUGGGGUAUCCUUGGAAGUACAUGAAUGACAUUGGUUCGCUGCUGCCAAAUCUCCAGCAUCUCAAUUUAAAAUCCUAUGCCUUUCGAGGCCCGAUGUGGGAAAUAAAACCAGGCAGUUUCUUGAAACUUACUACACUUCAAAUUAAAGACACCGAUUUGGUGCAAUGGAGACCUCAACAUGGAAGCUUCCCAGAGCUUAAAGUUCUAAGCAUGAAGCAUUGCUACAAAUUACAACAGCUCGAUUGGCCGUACGAUGACUCUUGGAUAAAGGUCAUCGAAUUGGUGGAGUGCAAUCCUUUAGCUGUUGCUUGUGCCAAUCAAUUAAAGGAUAAGUUUUCCUUUGAACUUAUGGCUCGUUCUUCUUUUUGAUGAGCUUAGCUACACUCUGCAACUUGCGUAACAGGUUAGUCUUCCUACUUUGCAAUAUCACGUCUUAAUGUUUCUGCUUACAAACCAAAUCAAUUCAUGUCACAAAUAGGCUUGAUUUAAA